AUGAAUAUUCUAUGUAAUGUCAGUGAAACUAUGAGUAAAAGUAUAAUCUAUGUCAUUACUCCUAAUCCUACUACUCAUUGGAUAGAUGAUCCAUUGACUAAAAAUAGUUCCUCGGAAAAGAAAAUUCACAUUGUGAUCUUAUUUGAUGGUGAUCGAGGUCUACAAUAUUUGAAUAGUCUUCUGAAAUCUAUUUUCUAUCAUCAAAAUGGAAGAUUUCGAUGUGAUUUAAAAGCUUGUUGUCUAUCAAACUUUUGUGAUCGAUUUAUGAAUGAUUGUCAAACUGUUAUGAACAAUGUAUCAACAACAUAUACAACUGUAUUUCAUUUCUUAAUAACGUCGAUUUCAUCAAAUGGUCAGUUGUUGAAUUUGAUGAAUACAUGGAAAUUACAUAAUAUGGAAUAUCAUUUCUACAGUUGUGGUAAUCAAUUGGCAAAUUUGCGGUGGAUCGAAUCUAAACAUAAUUCAGGAGCUAAACCAUUUUUAAAAUUGAUGAUUUUAGAAAUUCUUUCAUUUACAAUCAAUAAAGUAAUUAUACUAGACAUUGAUAUACUACCUAAUACAGAUAUUAUUGAAUUAUGGAAUCAUUUUGAUUAUUUUAAAGAAACUCAGAGCAUGAGUAUUGGAUUAGAACGAAAUCCACAUUUUCAAAAAGUUAUGACCAAAUUAGAAAGCAAUUGGAAAGAUUAUGGAUAUAAUAACGGUAUUCUGUUACUUCAUUUGUCUAAAUUACGAUCAACCAAUUGGAAUCAUCUAUGGUUGAGCAUAACUAGAAGAGCUAUUAAACGUCAAGGUUACUUAAUCACUGAUCAACAGAAAGUUGGUUCUAGUAUAAUUAGUGCUUCCUCAUGA